UAUCCUGAGGUUGUAUUGUUUUUGUUGAUAUAACGCAUGUCACGUCAUACGUCAUCACGUUGACCCGGAAACGGAAUUGAAACACGUGUGUUUUCUGAAGGGAAGCACCACGCAUGUUGAGAGAGCCGAACUCAGGACAUAAAGCGAACCCUUCUGUGCGUCACCAUGGCUGUGAGAGCGUCUUUUGAGAAGAACAACGAGAUCGGCUGCUUCGCUAAACUCACCAACACGUACUGUCUGGUGGCCGUCGGCGGCUCGGAGAACUUCUACAGUGUGUUCGAGGGGGAACUGUCGGAAACCAUCCCAGUGUUUCACGCUUCCAUCGCAGGCUGUCGCAUCAUCGGGAGGAUGUGUGUGGGGAACCGUCACGGCCUCCUGGUGCCCAGCAGUACGACAGACCAGGAGCUGCAGCACAUCAGGAACAGUCUGCCGGAUGCCGUGCGGGUGCAGCGGGUCGAGGAGCGGCUGUCAGCGCUGGGAAACGUCAUCGCCUGCAACGACUACGUGGCGCUGGUUCAUCCGGACCUGGACCGGGAGACGGAGGAGAUCCUGGCGGACACGCUGAAGGUGGAGGUCUUCCGUCAGACGGUGGCGGAGCAGGUUCUGGUCGGAUCGUACUGUGCCUUCAGUAACCAGGGAGGCCUGGUCCACCCCAAGACGUCCAUCGAGGACCAGGACGAGCUGUCCUCACUGCUGCAGGUCCCGCUGGUGGCGGGCACCGUGAACCGGGGCAGCGAGGUGAUCGCGGGCGGGAUGGUGGUCAACGACUGGUGUGCGUUCUGCGGACUGGACACCACGAGCACCGAGUUGUCCGUCAUCGAGAGCGUCUUCAGACUCAGCGACUCGGCACAGCCCUCCGCCAUCGCCACCAGCAUGAGGGACUCGCUCAUCGACAGCAUGGCGUGAGCAGCUCAAACGAGAACACCGACAAGCUGCUGGACCUCAUUUCUCCUCUCCUGCAGACAUAUUACACACAUCCUCUGAUCCAAUGUUUCUAAAACCCUUCCUCUGGCCCUUCACACCUCCUCUCUGGAGGAGAUCCUGAUUGCGGGGGUUGUGUAUGUCUGAUGUCUCGUUCACGUGCAAUUUGAGGGGUCAGACAUUUAAUCUUUUGGGGGGAUUGAUGGGAAUCCAAACAAGUGGGAAUGCUUUGUGUAGUUUCCUCCCAGUUUGGACGGACAGACUGGUGCUCAAACAUAUUAGAAGUCAGUUAUUUCUGUGCCUGUUUCAUAAAGAAGUCUAAAAAGAAGCAAUGAGAUGAGACCGUAGUAUCUUUAAGAGUCUGAAAUAUGAUGUAGUUAUCAAGCAAACUGUUAUGAGCAUGCAGUAUGACACACACAUGUACAGCAAGAUGUGUGUGUGUGUUUUCUGUAUGAAAAGAGACCGAUUCCUCCUUCAGGGACAAAUCCAAGUCCUGAAGUUUAUUUUUAGCUAACAGUACGUCUCGUCUGUCUUGUAAAAUAAAAAUAAACCCUCUUUUUA